CUCAUAGGUACGCUGUCACGCACGCAAGAUGCAUGCCUCCUUGCAGCACGACUCGGCAUGUAAACAACAUGGCGGCUUCCAGUUCGGCGAUCGCGGAGACUUGGACUCUAGGGUGAAAGUAUCUGCUCCAAAUGACGCGAUUGGACUCAACAUGAUCGAAGUGUGCUCCCUUAAGCGCAUAAUAUUCCUCACUGUCUUUCUUAUAGGCGCCUGCCUGAUGAUCUUGACGCUGGAAAGCAUCCUCUCAGACCACGACAGUGAUCGAAACGGUUCAAAUUCUUCAGAGGGUUGCUGGGAGAGGGAAGAGUACGUCGUCAAGCAGAAGUGCAUGCCUUGCACCGAAUUCGAGAGGGCAAGCAAGCACCUCCCAAUAUGCAUUCAGUCCAAGUACAAAGAACUAGUCACCUGCAGGAACUCGGGAGACGUCUAUCGAAGGUGUGACAACGAGAAAGAAGGGCAGCACUUCUGGAUCUUUGAAGGCAGCAUGCUCGUCACGGGUCUCCUGAGCUCACUCUCGGUCGUGCUUCGACAGAAGCACCUUGACCGAAAGAUGAUAGAGCGCAUACAGCAGCAGGUAGCUGCAGGAGUAUGACCCUGCAUGCCCCCACCCUCACCUCUAUUUCUAGAACAAUCUCACCCACCUGGUUCAUGGCUAUUUAUAGGAAUAAAGCUUGGUAAACAUGUCUCCUAA